UUAUGACGCAGGAAUACAUGCGCAAUUCGCGUGAGAUUCACGCACACAUUUGUUGCUUGUUUUACGUCCGCCGCUCCGCGCAUGCACCCGUCCGGGGUGUCGGUGGACAUGACAGGUGCUCGUCUGCUCCUCGACGAAGUUACAAUUCGAUCAAGAACAACACCCCGAGGACGGGUCCUUCAAUCGAUCGAUUUGACUUGACUUUAUCGCGAGAGUGAUAAAGCCUCAGGCUCCUCCUACUUGCUGGAAAACCAGGAAUACCGUGAAUGAAAGUAUGAAUGCGCCGGAGGCAGAGGUGGAGAACCUUAAGCAGCAAGGAAACGCGUAUGUUAGGGAGAAAAAAUAUCAGAAGGCGAUGCUUCAUUACUCGCAUGCCAUCAAACUAGAUCCAAAGAAUUAUUCUCUCUACAGCAACAGAUCCUUCACCUUCUUGAUGAUGGAACGGUAUCGUGACGCCCUGAACGAUGCUCUGAUGACCAUUCAACUGAAGCCCGACUGGUCCAAAGGUUACUUUAGGAAGGGCGAGGUCGAACUGAAACUAUCAUCUUACAACGAAGCGCUUGAAUCUUACAACAAAGCUCUAGUCUUGCAGCCAAACGAGCCUAAGAUUAUAGAGGCGAUGAACAAGGCGUCCAGGUCGUUGAUUAAAGACAGAAGAGCUGACCAACAGAUCCCAUGGCUAGGAGCUGGCGUUGGUAUUAUAUUAGGAGUCACAGUCGUGAUCGCCGACUAUGUUUUUACAAACAAGCCCACCCUAACGCAUCCUCUCUUGAUGGCGUUGUUAACGAUAUCGAUAGCUAUGAUUGGUUUCGGCAUCGCAAAGGGACUUCGUUACUUCCUAAAACACCAAAGAAAAAACUUACUCUCCCCACCGUUUAGGAACUAUCCUACGGACAAAAGAGACACGGAGUGCGAGAUAGAGAACGAACGAGUAGGCCAGCGAGACGAUCACGAUGCACGGAGGCGAGCACAAGCGGCCAGGGGCACAGGGCUGAGGGCUGAGGGCUCGACGGGGCCGCGAAUUACGUUCACGGGCCGGCCGCGGCGCAGCCAGCGAGCGAUGGAGCAGCCGAAGACCCCGGCGUCCCGGCUAUUCAACACGAGCUGCAUCGAGAACAAGGACGAGCUGGAAGAGAAAUUGGAGAGAUGCCACUCGACGUUGCAAAAUCUGACGACGGGACUGUCGGAGAAGGAGAUCCACGACACGUUAAACAAUGCUGUGUGCAAGGACAAGACGCACGAGGAGGUCUCCCUAGGUUUACUAGUGGUGAUCUUGACAGAUCCGCAGAAUGCCGCAAAAAGUUACAGAGACUUGACACUGAUCACACGAGAUGGCUUAGCCAUUGUGCUGCUUCAUCUCAAUCAAUUAGUACUAGAUAAAUAUUUGAGAUUAAAUGACGUCACCAGGAGCCAGUUACUGUGGUUGCUAAGGGAAAUGAUACGGACUAGUGUGACUAAUGUGGAUAAUCUUUGUUUGAGUUUGUUGAGGCAUGCGGCGGGCGGGGAUAUUUCCCCGAGGAACUUAUUCCUAGUUGACGCCCUCUUAGACAUUUUUCAAGAAAAUCGACCGUGGUUGGACAAAUUUCCUUUUUUAGUAGCAUCAAUUGUGUACAUGUAUUUACGAUUAAUAGAAGACCACAAUGCACCUCAUUUGGCUGGUUUACGGCAAAAGGAAGUGACCUUCACCGUAGCUCUGAUAAGGGAACGAAUGGCAGACUGCCUGGCCAUUGGAAGAGAUUUGGUUCGUUUACUGCAGAACGUUGCGAGAAUAUCGGAAUUUGAAGCACUCUGGAAGGAUAUACUACUCAAUCCAAAAAACCUCUGCCCAAAUUUUAAUGGUGUCCUUCAGCUGUUGCAAACCAGAACCUCCAGAAGGUUUCUACAGUCGCGUUUGACGCCAGAAAUGGAGAGAAAACUCGUGUUCCUGACGAGCAACGUCCGUUUCGGCAAUCACAAGCGAUAUCAGGAAUGGUUUCAGAGUAAAUACUUGGCAACACCCGAAUCUCAGUCGUUAAGGUGCGAUCUUAUUCGCUUCAUCGUUGGAGUCAUACACCCUACGAACGAACUGCUGUGCUCCGACAUUAUUCCGCGAUGGGCAGUAAUAGGCUGGUUAUUCACAACGUGCACUUCCACCGUGGCUGCCAGCAACGCAAAGCUGGCUCUGUUCUACGAUUGGCUGUUCUUCGAACCUGACAAAGAUAACAUUAUGAACAUUGAGCCAGCGAUUCUUGUUAUGCACAAUUCGAUGAGGUCUCAUCCACCUGUCACUGCCACACUUCUAGACUUUUUAUGCAGAAUAAUACCAAACUUUUAUCCCGCGCUAACGGACAAAGUGAGAAAUGGCAUAUUUUCAUCGUUGCGACAAAUUUUGGAAAAACGCGUUUUGCCUAGCCUGUAUCCGUUGUUUGAUAGCCCGAAGCUAGAUCGAGAAUUGAGAAGCAAGAUACGGGAAACUUUUCAAGAAUUUUGUCUGCCUCCAAACAUAGAUCCUGGUAAUAUUAUUAUUAAUGUAUAGACAGUACUUGUAGUCCGAUCUUAUAUUGCAACUAGAAAGGACGUAUGAUAGAAGGGACAAUAAAUCGAUCUUAUAUUCAUGAUCAUCUUAAAUCUAGUCGUUACGGCCUUAAGGCCGGUAUUCAUAGUCAUAUCUUAUAUUUAAGGUACAAUCUUAAGA